CAUGACGUGCAUGAUGCUGUGGUCGGUUCUGCUGGCGGUGACGGUAACGUCUGUGGUCGGCAGCGACUUGGUGAAGUACAACAUCAACACUCAGGCCAAGUGUACCGAGGUGACAAGAGGUCCUACCCGUAACUGUAUUUGGCCGGCUGGACUCAACCCCUUUGCUGACCAGAUAGCUGAGGGGGGCCGUAUUAUCGCCUACAAGAUACAGUGGUUCAAUAGACGCUGGUCUGGCUGGUUCGUCCCCGGCUCCAAUGACAUGGACUGGAAGUUCAACCUUGGUACCAAACGUUGUUCCGCGCUGCCCUACCUGGUGAACACAUUGAGACGGGCGUGGUCGUAUUUCUACGAUCACAACCACAAAUACAUCAUCUGUAAAGCAAAAUAACUCCUGCGGAUCAUGUAUCUGGCCUUGUUACGACAUGGUAAUAAACUCAGUUAAAACUA